AUAUAAGAUAAGCAGAUGCGGUUAAGUUCGAUUUGUUAACAGACGUAUUUUAUGCUGUUGUACUGACGCAUUUCAGUGUAAUAAAUAAAUUAUAAAAAGUGAAUACAUAAUAUUAUGGCCCCACAGAUCAAAUAUACCAAGAUAUUCAUCGACAACCAAUGGGUUGACGCGAAAAGUGGGAAAACAUUCGACACAUACAAUCCUCACGAUGAAUCUGUUAUAGCCAAAGUUGCUGAAGGUGAUAAGGCAGAUAUAGAUUUAGCAGUGGCUGCAGCAAAACGUGCAUUCAAGCGUAAUUCAGAAUGGAGACGCUUAGAAGCAUCUCAACGUGGAAAACUAUUGUUCAAAUUCGCAGAUCUCAUCGAAAGAGAUUUUGAAUAUUUAGCAGAAUUGGAAAGCUACAAUAAUGGCAUGGUACGGAGUAUGGCUACACGCUUCAUAAGUCUAGCUGCUGAUCAAGUGAGGUAUAUUGCCAGCUUAGCGGAUAAAAUUGAGGGAAGCACUAUGCCAUUGGGAGGUCAAAACUUUUCGUAUACCCUGAAGCAGCCAGUUGGUGUGUGUGGCCUGAUCCUCCCAUGGAAUGUACCUCUUCUUAUGUUCCUCAGUAAAGUUACAACAGCUUUAGCUGCUGGUUGUACCGCUGUUGUGAAGCCUGCAGAACAAACCCCUUUAACUGCUCUAGCAUUAGCUGCUUUGCUGGUGGAAGCUGGAAUCCCAGCUGGUGUUGUGAAUGUUGUUCCUGGCUUUGGUGAAACAGCUGGAGUUGCUCUGACGCACCACAAAGAUGUCGCUAAGAUAUCCUUUACGGGAUCACUGGAGGUUGGAAAGCUGAUACAACAAGCUGCUGGGGCUAAUAAUUUGAAACGUGUAACUCUUGAGCUUGGUGGAAAGAGUCCUUUGGUUAUUAUGGAUGACGCUGAUUUGGCAGUCGCGGUACAAUAUGCCGCUUUCGGUGUUUUCACGCAUCAAGGCCAGAUUUGCAUUGCUGCAUCCCGUCUCUACGUUCAGUCAGGAAUCUACGAUGCAUUCGUGCAAGCUGCAGCUCAGGUCGCCAAGUCUCUGAAGAUUGGCAACCCGGCGGAUGAAACCACGCAGCACGGUCCACAGGUUGACAAAAUUAUGCUGGAGAAAAUAUUGGGUUACAUCGAGAAGGGGAAACAGGAGGGAGCAAGAUUAGUGACGGGUGGGAAACGGGUUGGAAACAAGGGAUACUACAUCGAACCAACGGUGUUCGCUGAUGUCAAGGAUGAUAUGACCAUCGCUAAGGAAGAGAUAUUUGGUCCAGUACAGAGCAUUCUCAAAUUUGAGACUCUGGAUGAAGUGAUCGAACGGGCCAACGAAACAAACUAUGGCUUGGCUGCUGGGAUCAUCACAACCAACUUGAACAACGCAAUGAAGUUUAGCGAACAGGUCGAAGCAGGCACUGUUUGGGUGAACACGUACUUGACAAUGCGUCCACAAACACCUUUCGGUGGAUUUAAGGAAUCCGGAAUUGGACGUGAAUAUGGACCGCAAUGCGUCGACCAAUAUCUUGAAGUGAAGACUGUCACCAUGGCUUUGUCGUAGAACAAACUAACUUGUUUUAAAUUCAACUGAGACAUUCGAAAUGAACAGUCAAGUGCAUUUUAUAAUAAAUUUUUCAAAGCUAUAAGAA